ACAAACCGGAAGCAGGAAAUGUCGUCAAUUGACGGGCGAAAUUCAAACUCCUGUGACCAAACAUCCUUAAGAUUGUGGAUUAUCUUGAGGUCGCUGGAACAAGGAGGAUGCCUGUGGAGAGGACGGAACACCGCGGAGCCGCUGAGCUCCACAAAUAUUAUGAGGUCUAUGAGACUAUCGGCUCAGGCGGCUUUGCUAAAGUUAAACGGGGCCGACACCUGCUGACAGGAGAAAAGGUUGCCAUCAAGAUCAUGAAUAAAAAAGAUCUCGGGGAUGACUUGCCGCGUGUUAAGGUGGAGAUAGAAGCCAUGAAGAACCUCAGUCAUCAACAUGUCUGCAGACUCUACCAUGUCAUAGAAACGUCAACACAGAUCUUCAUGGUGCUUGAGUACUGCCCUGGUGGGGAGCUGUUUGAUUACAUCAUAGCCAAGGACCGACUGUCAGAGCAAGAGACCAGGGUGUUCUUCAGACAGAUUGUCUCAGCAAUGGCCUACGUCCACAGCCAAGGAUACGCUCAUAGGGACCUUAAACCGGAAAAUUUGCUGAUUGAUGAGGACCAUAACUUGAAGCUCAUAGACUUUGGCCUAUGCGCCAAACCAAAGGGGGGUUUAGGUUAUGAGCUAAUGACAUGUUGUGGGAGCCCUGCAUAUGCUGCUCCGGAGCUCAUUCAGGGAAAAGCAUAUAUUGGUUCAGAGGCUGAUGUAUGGAGUAUGGGAGUGCUGCUGUUCGCUCUACUCUGUGGAUAUCUUCCCUUUGAUGAUGACAACUGCAUGAUCCUUUACAGAAAGAUUAUGAGGGGUAAAUAUGACAACCCACAGUGGCUCUCACCAGGCAGUAUCAUCCUUCUCAACCAAAUGAUGCAGGUGGACCCCAAGCGUCGCCUGACAGUCAGACAGCUCCUGGAUCACCCCUGGGUGAUGAAGGACUACAACAGCCCUGUAGAGUGGCUCAGCAGGCAGCCGGUUGCCUACAUAGAUGAGGACUGUAUCACUGAGAUGGCGGUAAACAUGAAGCGAUCACGAGAAAGCACCGCAGCGCUGGUGAAGGAGUGGAAGUACGAUCAGGUCACAGCCACCUACCUGCUGCUGCUGUCCAAGAAGCAGAAGGGGAAGCCUGUUCGCCUUCGCCCUGAGGCGCGCCUCUGUGAGGACUCUCCUCUGCACCAAGGACUGCAGAAAAGAGAAGCUCUUCACUUCAGUGAAGACGAAGACGCUGUCAUUAUCGGGUCUUUGGACUUUUACUCAGACUAUAUUGAUGAUUCUCCCUGGGUGUCAGUUCGACAGCACAAAACGCAGGCAGGCAGAGGUCGGCAAGAUGAAAACAAAGAUAUGAAACUCACAUCACCAUUAGCGGAAAAGAGAGAUGUGUUCACCCCGACCCCAGGAAGCGCGGUGACGCCACAACACCGUGAGAGGAAGGAGAGGGACCAGGAGAACAAGGAGAACAUUGCUGAAGAGAAAGGAGUCGAUGUAUUUGCUCUGCCUCACCCUCGAACCCCGGCGUCCAGUAAGAAGAAUCGACCCAACAAGAACGUGCUGAACACACCCAAUCAAAACACAAACUGCAAUGGUACCAAAGCCAGUGUGGCCACACCUAAAGGUUGUGAAAUUGCAUCCAAGGAUCAGAACAAGAACAGGGCUACUGAGAAUGAUUCUGCAAACCUGGAAGUAUUGGCGUUCAGUCCAGAGCGAAGGUCCAGGUCUUUGGACAUGGCUGCUUCAGGAGACAGUGGGAAGAAAAAGCGAGGAGGGAAGGUGUUUGGCUCCUUGGAAAGGGGCCUAGACAAGGUUAUCACAAUGCUCACCCCAAGCAAAAGACGAGCUCUGCGAGACACGCCAAGGAAGAUUAAGGCUCAAUAUAACGUCACCCUAACUAGUCAGACCAAUCCCGAUCAGGUGUUAAACCAGAUCCUCUCCAUCCUGCCAGAGAAAAAUGUCGACUUCACACAGAAGGGAUAUGCCCUGAAGUGUCAGACCUGGGAUGAUUAUGGAAAGGUAGCCAUGGCGUUUGAGCUGGAAGUGUGCCUACUGCAGAGGCCGGAGGUCGUUGGCGUGAGGCGGCAGAGGCUGAAGGGAGACGCGUGGGUUUACAAGCAUCUGGUGGAGGACAUCCUGUCUACAUCCAGCAUCUAAGCAGUGUUUUAGCUGUAUUGCUGUCUGUUAGUGACACAAAAGACCCCUUUUUUUUUUGUCUGUUGAAAAAUUAGAAAUAAUUGAUCAAUGUUGGAUAUCUUAAUUCAAAGAUGUGCACAUUAAUAUCUGUAGGUCAGCCAUGUAAGGAUUGUGUAAUACAUUAGUUUAUGUAGAACAUCUUAAUCCAUGCUUUCUAAUAAUUAAGAUUAAAGUUAUUUCUUUUAAUUGUCUUGAUGUAUGAAAUACAGCAGAACUUUGGUUUCCAUUCCUCUCAGCUGUUUUCGAACAUAUUUGAUUUGUUUUUCCACCCUUGACGGUCAACACUUCAGUAAACGAGCAUUAUUAAUUUACCAUCAUUAAUUUACGUGUUUACAGUUGUCUCUCUCUGUUUUGCAGUGUUAUAAAUGUCUUGUUUUAUUUUUGUGUUUGUCUUUCAUUUUCACUGUCAUUUUUAUUGUUAAAGAAGCUAAAUAAACACACUUUCUUUACUGAGA